GAAGCAGGUAAAAUUGCACGCGGAAAACAUUGUGCUGGAUUUUCCGCCGAAUCAACUUUGCAAUUAAUGCAACUUUGCCUUUUAGUUUGCGUCUGUAAAAACCACGUUAUGUAGUUCACGGUUUACGAUUCGCAAUACAGAGGAGGGUUGUUGUCUUUGUCUAAUCCUAACAUGUUCCUUUCAAAUCUGGUUCAGUUUGAGAGUGUGUCGGAAGUAAUACGUUAGUGGCGAUAUUUAUAACUACAUGCUAUUUUUCGCUGUAAAUCAGACCGCGAUAAGUAAUAAUACCGUAAGAUAGAUAUCGCGCACCUGCUACAUCCGAUACUAGCAAAUAGUUGCUCAUUUUGCUCGGCAGAUCAUACACGUUCGCCGGGAGCGUUAUUGCUCUACCCCCUUUAAUAUCGAUCAAGAUGAAGAGGGACUUUCGCGUGACUAUCGAGAGCGUUUAAACACUUACAUUGACGCAGGGAUCUUUAAGGGAGCAGUGAUAAAGUUUGCGCCGAUGACGAAAUGUAAUUAUGAGGAAUUUUAACGAGGCUUCCGGCGAUGCCCUGAGUGAAUAGGAAGGGAAACAACGCUUUUAGGACUAUAAUGAAAACUGCCAUAAACCCCUCCUGGGCUCUUCUUCUGCUCGACCUCUGAUUUCGUUCUAAUUGCGCUUUCACCUUCUUUUUCUUCUUCUUCUUCGUUUCUUUUUACACUUUACUUACAUUUCCAUUAUUCUUGAUUUAAUUGAAUUGCCGUAUUCAAAAUCAAAGUUGCUUUUAGAUUUAUUCUCUGUGCAUUUCCCGAAGUAUUUCGAAUUUUUCUUUGCAUAAAGAUCUAUCAAGAUACAACAAAAAUACGAGAUAUUCUAGACGAGCAGGACAAAACAUUCACGCAGCAAUAAAAGUUAUGAAAACGAUUAAUGACGGACGAAAUUAUCUCCACGCGUCUUCGUUGGCAGCGGAUUUUCGCGCUAAUUGGGCAUCAGUUUUGCAAAUUGAAUAAUUCGUCGUGCGCUUUUUUAGACGCGCGAAUCACGAGCGCAGGAUCGAGCGUUAAAACCGGUAUGUCAAUAAUUAAACGUGGGGAAUUUCCAGCGAAAUUGGUGAGCGUUUUGAGAGCUGCCAAAAAGUUUGUACAUCGCGAGUGACGGCAAAUCCGCGCGGAUCCUCCGCUUGAAAAGAGCAGCCUGUCGCGCUCCAUAGUUCGCGCGACUCGCGUGGUGCAAUUUGGUUAAAACGUACAACCGCUACGGCCAUACUUUUACGCGAGUAAAAGCGCGAUUUAACGGUCCUUAUGAGUGUAUUGUAUUUCACGACCACGUAAUUGCGUGUGGCUCGAACGCAAUUUCAUCGUUGAUCGCGCGAAGUAGAGAAUAUUUCCCGGCUCGUGCGAGCGAUUAGCGGCAAGCGAGCGAGCGAUACGAACGCGGUGGAACGACACGGCAUUAACGCGCGUGCUACGGCAAUUGACGCUUUUAGCUGAAACGGAAUUGCCGAUGGAAUCUGGUAGCCACGUGCACGGGGAGAAUUACCAAACACGAUGCCGAUAAUUACGAAAUUUUCCUUCUUUCGCUUUUGCAUUUUUUUCCUCUCACUUUUAUUAAAAUCUACUAUAUUCUGCAGGAAUUCGUUUAGCAUAUGUUCGAUAACGUACACGUGCAACAUUCUUAAUCUUAAUAACGAGCCAACAAAGAAAGAGAGAGACAUAUCGCUUUGAAACUUUGGCUAUUGGAUAUCGGUGUUCUGUGACGACGUCGGGUAAUACUUUCGGGGAAAAUUGCAUCGAGCAUGCCGUAUCGUCCGCUACUGUCAGUGGGAAAUGCAUCUAUGAUCCUUUGGCAUUAUCGGGGAAACGAAGUACCGGAUAACCGUGUUACGAGUCAAUCUCUCCAGCCAAGAAUAAGCAGUUCCCUGGAGGCUUUGAUGGAGAGACAGCACGAGUAGUUCUUAUUCCGGUCGCGGAGAUUCGACGAAUCCGUUUCGUUCGCAUUUCAUUCUGCAGCUAGCUUUAAUUCGCAGAAACAAUUCUCGUCCGUGAAUCGCGAUUCGUGAUUCGACGAUUUAUUUGUUUAUUUAUUUUACAGGAAAAUUUCUCUUUGGUACAUAUAAUAAGAAGAUGUGUACAGUUAUCAGAAAUCAAAAUAAUAACCAAAGGAAAUAAAAUAAGACAGAAAAUAAGCGUUUUCCUUUGUGUUCCCCUUUAUUUUUGCAUAAACGUUCGUCUCGGUAACACGCCCCGAAGCACAUCUCGAGAAAAAUCUCUUCUUCCGAUGUUUCUUCGGCAGGAAAUUAUAUUUGUGCCGUUAUCUGGAUAACUCUCUAUCAUCGCAGAAGAAAGUCGAUGAUGCGAACGUUUUCUCGCAUUGUAUUCAACUUUCCGCUAUUCAUGCACGUCCCCUCUAAAUGGGAACCGCGUGGUUCUGUUCGUGAUUUUGGACAGUUCACAUUAUUGAUUGUCGUGAAACACGGGAAACGUUGCGAUCUAAUCGAUCGGAAGAUGACAAGGUCAGAUUUCACUUCCAUUUGCUAGUGAUUUAUUAAACCGCACAUAGCAAUUACCGGCACUUGAUCGUCAAAUGAUUGUUCAGAUAAAAAAAUUGGAUUAUUAAUCCACAUAAACAUAAAAUAAUAUCAGAAAGAAGAUACAUAAUCAAUUAUAUCAAAUAUUUAUUAAGAACGAUCAAUACAGAAACAUAAAUCACAAAAAUUCCGACAAAAAGCAUUAUUUGCAGAAUCACAUUACUUUUCAAUUUCUUUAUUUGUACCAUAAUUCUCAUACAAAUCUAAUAAUAAUUACACUCUAUCUGCCAUUUCACUUCUCCCUCUUCGUCUCAAAAUAUGCAUCUUGCUCACGUCACGUUUGAAUAUUGCUAUAUUUUUAAAUAAAUUAAGGAACAAGUAAGAUUUAGAUUCCUAACGAUUUCAGCGUGAAAGCCACAGAAACUCGAUUAACGGUACUUGAUGUAAUUUGCGAAUAGUCGUCGCAACAGAACGUAGUAGACUUGACAUAAUCAAAGUCUAUUCGCGAGAUUGCACGACAUCGCACGUGAGGUUGCAGUGCAAGGCGAACGCAGUGUUGCGCCACGUAUUGAAUUUACCAGACAUUUUGGAGCGUGCUGUCACGCACCACGCGAGCUUUGGAGAACCCUCGACGCUGCUGCGAAAUCUUGUAAUGAGCUUACCAAGCCGAGAAACCUUACAUCGCCAUGCCCCGCGGCGAGGCAGAAGCGAAAAGCGGCAAACCGUUGAUGGCAGUCGUUGCGUGCGUCACGUCGCCAGGGAUUUCACGUUCCGUAAAAAGCUGUAAAAGAACGCGAGCUGCUCGGGAUCGACGGUGACUCGUGUACGAGAGAUUCGCACAACGUUCGCGAUUCUGAAGAUCGAGAGAAAGACUCGGAAAGAGAGAGGGAGAGCGAGAUGAUCGCUGCAUGGUCAUCAUGAAGAAACGCGGAGGCAGCGAGAACAAGGGUGGUAAGAGUCGCCAGAAUGAAACCGAGAAGUUGGAUUCCGGCGAUAUGAGCGAUGAUGAGAAUCAGGACUUCGGGAACUGGCUGCGGUCCAGCACCGGUGUCGAGAUGAUGCGGCUCUUCGUGAUCGCGAACUCGAUCUUAGUUUUCGUGACCAUGGCUUGGCCGAAUAUGAGAGAAUCCUUCUACAUCCUCAAAGAUUAUCUCGUGGGUGAAGAGGAUUGAAUCAUUCUGAAGAUUGUUUAGG